UAUCUCAAAUCGCCCAUCUGGUGGCUCGGUAUCUCAUUAAUGAUCGUGGGCGAGGCUGGCAACUUCCUGGCAUACGGCUUUGCGCCUGCAUCCAUCGUCUCUCCUUUGGGCGUGGUUGCAUUGAUCUCGAACUGCCUCAUAGCACCUCUCCUGCUGGGGGAGGUUUUCCGCUGGAGGGACGGACUCGGCGUGUUGAUUGCCAUUGCGGGCUGCGUCGUUGUUGUCCUGAGUGCUAGCGAGAGCAAUCCUAAGCUGAGCCCCGAUGCAAUCUGGCACCUGGUCUCCCGUUGGGAAUUCGAGACCUACGUCGGCGUCACGGUGUUCAUGAUUGUGGUGCUCGCUUUCUGCAGCAACAAAUACGGUGACCGUACGCUCCUGAUCGAUCUCGGGCUUGUCGGACUGUUCGGCGCAUACACGGCACUCUCGACAAAAGGCGUGGCCUCUCUCCUCGCGCUCGACAUCUGGCGAGUGGUCACCUAUCCUAUCACAUACCUGCUUGUGGCUGUUCUGGUAUUCACGGCGGUCAUGCAAAUCAAGUAUGUCAACAGAGCAUUACAGCACUUCAACGCUACCAUGGUGAUCCCGACGCAGUUCGUACUGUUCACCAUUUCGGUCAUCGUGGGAAGCGCCGUCCUUUACCGUGACUUCGAGACCAAGAAGACCGAUGACGCUAUCAAGUUCGUGGCUGGUUGUGCAUUGACGUUCUCGGGUGUUUGGUGCAUUACCUCGGGACGG